AGCCUCUCUCUAUGCAUCUAUUCCACCGACAUUUCCAUCUUUGUCUCUUCUCACAUCGCCAUCAUCGCUUUCUCUCACCGCUGGAUCCCGUCCUCAAACCACAGACUCUGUAGCUAGCUCUUCCUACCUGUAACCUAACUGACCUCACCAUGGUCCGCCCACUGUACACGGUCGGAUCACUCCUCGGAGCCGUUGCGGUGCUCGCACAGCAACUGACCAUUACACAACCGACGACUGAUCAUUGGUGGAUCGCUCAAUCUGACAAUACUGUCGCUUGGACCGGAGGAGGAUCUAACCCUCCCACAUCGUUCUCUGUCUUCCUCUAUAAUCCCAACCCGCAGAUUCUGACGUCCAAGCUCGCCUUGAUCUCCAUCGAACCAUACUAUGACAUGUCACAGACUGUCAACCCAGGCAAUAUCACACCCGCGACUGGAUACACCAUACAAUUGACCGACACCCUCAACUCGACCAAUGUGUACGCUGAAUCCCAGUCGUUCGAGAUCAAGCCCAUAGGCUCAGACUACCCACCUCAAGUCGCAGCUGCUGCCGCUACGUCUGCUGGAGCUUCAGGCUCUUCCUCUGCCUCUCCUUCUGGCUCUGGCACUUCUUCUGCGGCCAGUACCUCUCACACUGGCGCAGCGAGCCACGUCACUUGGUUCUCUUCCUUUGGCCUGCUCUGUGCUGGUCUCGGACUCGCGGCGGUGGCCUGAUUGCAAGUUCUGUCAGCUCGACCCCACCUUGGACAUUCUCGCAUGCUUUCCUUUCUGCUAUGGGUGUCUUCUAUUAUAACGACGUAGCUCUUACUGUUCCUUAUAAUGCUCUCAUCAUGCUUGUAUGAUCUGCCCAUCUUCCAUG